AUGGUUGUAUUUGGAAAAAGUUUAUUAUCAAUUAAAAAUCUCGCUCACAUUAUGCUCAGUCGCCAAAGCGACCCUCAAGGCAAGUACAAUAUGCCUCCUGGUGUGAUGGAACACUUUGAAACAGCCACACGAGACCCAAGUUUCUUCAGACUUCACAAGUAUAUGGACAAUAUCUUCAAAGAGCACAAAGACUCACUUCCUCCAUACACAUCAGAAGAGCUGGUCUUCCCUGGCGUUUCUGUAUUGGGUAUUGAUGUUGACAGAGAUCUCAAGACAUAUUUUGAGGAUUAUGAAUUUGAUCUACGAAAUGCAGUUGAUAGUGCUCAGGGCAUUCAGGAAGUCGAUCUAAAGGCUAGUGUUCGUCGACUGAAUUAUCAGGAAUUCUCCUUUGUGGCUGAUGUUAACAACAACAACGGCAGAAGUGUGCUUGCUACCUUCCGCAUCUUCUUAUGUCCCCAGUACGACAACAACAACAUAGAAUACACCCUCACUGAUGGUCAAUGGCAGUGCAUUGAAUUGGAUAAGUUUUGGAAGAACUUAUCACCAGGAUCAAAUCGCAUUACCAGAAGAUCCAGCGAAUCAUCCGUCACUAUUCCUGACACACCAUCCUUCCAGACUCUCAUUGACGCAGCAGACGCAGGUAGAACCUUGGCUGCAUUCCAGUACAAGAGAUCAUGUGGCAUCCCCAACAGAAUGCUUCUACCCAAGGGAAAGAGAGAUGGCAUGGAAUUUGCGCUGGUCUUGGCUGUCACAGACGGAUCCUAUGACGCUGUUCAUGGCGAUGCUGCUGUCAAUGAGCAUGGUGGAAGCCACGCCCACUGUGGGUCCCAUGGCGAACUGUACCCGGAUAAGCGACCCAUGGGCUUCCCACUGGAUCGGCACAUUCCUGAUAGGAGGGUAUUUGACGAAACUCCCAACUUCAAAUACAAAAUUGUAAAAGUCUACCACGAAGAGAAUUAGAUUUCUCAACAUUUUCCUAUCGGCUAUAUGGCACACAGCUGUUCCCAAUGGACUGUUUUUAAAUUAUAACAAUAAAGCU